ACCCAAUCUAAAAAAGAACAUUAACUGGAAGUAUAAGAGGGCGUUAGACCAAAUUUCAUCAUUUGAUGUUACUGUUCUUCUCCCUAGCUGAAUGAGCUAUCACAUGUAAUCUAUUCUGAAACUUUGUUCUUUGCAGAAUAUGUCCCUUCCAGGUUCUUCUGCUCAACAUAUUGCAUUAACUCUGGUAGUUUAUUUUUCUGCUUUAUCUUUGCUAUGCGUGAAGGGAUUCCUGAAAACAACUACAGAAGGUUCCCAUGUCUCAUUAAUGAGAUUUCUUUCCUGAGGCUUUAAUAAAUUCUCCACAAAACAAAACCUUAUUUAUAUGCUUAUAGUGUAGCAAUUAACAAGUCAUGGACGGUGAACAAUGGUGCAAUACAUGCUCCAAAAUGGUGAAGCCAAUAUUUGAAGCUGAGAACAAAUGUCCAUUCUGUGGUACAGAAUUAAUCACCGAGGCAAUGGGAAGCAUAAGCGACCAGAAUGAUGCUAUCGAUUUAAGGUCAGCCUGGGUUUUCUCACUUUAUGCCCCAAUUUUCCUUGGCUUAAUGGGUGCUUUCAGCCCUUCUCUUGCAAUCAUUGGUGCACAAGAAAGCAGCACCUCAAGAGAGGAUGAACCAGAAAGGGACAAUGAACUUAUACUUGGGAGAAGGAGGAGAGCCUCAACAUACAUGCUGCACAUCUUUCGCAGUCUUCAUGUGGGGAUGGUGUCUGAAUCAGAGAACAUGGAAGACAACAAUAGAAACAUAGAUGGCAGCAGCAUACUUGUCAUUGAUCCAUUCAAUGAAGGGGGUGCAUUGAUUGUAAGAGGAUCUGGGUUUGAUUUGUUGUUACAACAUUUGGCCCACAUUGGCCCUAGUGGUUAUGCUAGUGUGAACCCUCCAGCACAGAAGGUUGCAAUUGAAGCAAUGCCUAGUGUGACUAAUGAUGAAAAGUUUCAGUGCACCAUAUGUUUGGAGGAUCUUGAGAUUGGGAUUGAAGCGAAAGAGAUGCCAUGCAAACAUAAAUUUCACGGUGAUUGCAUUAUCUCAUGGCUAAAGCUUCAUAGUUCUUGUCCAGUUUGCAGGUUUCAGAUUCCUUCUGAAGAUUCUUCGAGUGUUGAGGCCAGUUUAGGAAUCAGAAAUGGGGAAAAUCAGAACAGUGAGCUAGCUGGAGCUAGAGAGGAGAGAACUAGAUAUGGAAGGAGGAAUUGGUUUCCAGUGCUGCAGUCAUUUAAUAAUUUCCUUCCUUCUCCUUGAUCAUUACUCCAUCACCUAAUUCUAAAAAAUUUCAUGCUUCUUAAAUUCUUCAUAAUUGUAUAUAUGUUGUAGACUCCCUAGUCUGAAUUUCUUGUAUAUUCAUUCAAAUAUAAAAUAUUUUAUAAUAUUUUGAAUAACAGAAUAAAAUUUUUAAAA